GAGCACUGCAGAGACAGGAAGGUUACAAAUACAGAGGAAUUACAUAAAGCUCAGACAGAGCCAGGAAAGGAAAGGUUGGUUAGCUGAGCUCUUUUUUACCUUAGCUAAUUACCACUUUGCUCUCACUGCAGCAACUGAAAGGCAGAGAGACAACAGCAAUCAAAGAGGACAGAAAAGGGAGACAAGAAGCAGCCAAAGAGGGAGCAGUUGCAGCAGCUAAGAAGUCGAGUCAAGAUUAAUUGAGGAAGAGAAACAAAAAGCAGAGACUAGCCUCUGAGGAGCGGGGAAAAGUAAGAAAACAGCAGACAUUCAUUGACAAAGAGCUGGACUCAACUCCACGGACUCCUGACACCAGCAAAACAAGAGGGGCGGGGAAGAGCGACAGUAAAGAGGUCACUGUGGUCCAUGUGCUUCGUGUCUGAACAGGUCUAAUAUGCAAGUGAGACAGCAGAGAUAAAAAAAAAACAAACCCAAAAAGACACCCUUCCCUGAAGCAGCACGAUGUUGAUGAAAGAGUAUCGCAUAUGUAUGCCACUGACAACGGAGGAGUACAAGAUUGGGCAGCUCUAUAUGAUCAGUAAGCACAGCUGUGAGCAGAGCGAUGGGGGUGAGGGAGUGGAGGUGGUGAGGAAUGAGCCGGAUACUCACCCUCAGCAUGGCCCCGGACAGCUGACUGAGAAGAGAAUCUACCUCAGCAGUAAACUGCCUUCCUGGAUUAAAGCUUUUGUCCCACGAUUCUUCUAUGUGACAGAAAAGGCCUGGAACUUCUAUCCCUUCACCAUCACAGAGUACUCCGUAUCAUUCGUUCCCAGGUUCAGCAUUUGCAUUGAGACAAGGUUUGAAAACAACAACGGCAGUAAUGACAAUGUGUUUGGAGACAUGCCAACCCCAGCGGAUGACGUUUGCUUCCUUGACAUCCUCACUGACCCCAACCUGGAGAGGCACUACAAUGAAUCAGAGGAUCUAAGUCGCUGGCGGUCAAAUAAAACUAACCGAGGACCUCUGGAGAAAGGCUGGAGGGACAACCACAACCCGAUUAUGUGCUCCUAUAAGAGAGUGAAGUGCAGCUUCGAGGUCUAUGGCUUCCAGACCAGGACGGAGGACUUCUUACAUAACCUUAUUAAGGACGUUCUUCUGGUCGGCCACAGGCAGGCUGUCGCAUGGGUUGACGAGUGGCACGGGCUCAGUUUGGAAGAGGUGAGGGAGUACGAGAAGACAAUGCAAGAGAAGACCAACAACAAAGUCAAAUCUAACCAGAACAACUCAGGCCCACAGGGUGCCACCCGUCCCGUGACCCAUCGUUCCAUCUCCGUGACAGACGAACCUUCCCUGAGGAGGAUGGGAGUGACGACAGUGAACAUGUCUAGCACAUCAGCCUCCUCUUUGCCGCACAUUCCUGUUCGCCUUAACUCAACCCCUUUGCCCAGUGACAACACAGAAAGCAGAACGUCUUAGUGUCAACGCAAGCAAGGGUUAUGUUAUUUUUCAAAAAGCAACAACAGCGACGGAAUUCCUCAAAACAAUGUUAAAAUAUUUGGGGUACAUGUGUAUAGAAAGCCAGAAGUGCCAAAAUCCAAUAAAUAAAUGAAUUAUUUUGAAAAUAUUUACAUAUGUUGUAAAUGUCAAAAUUGUACACAUAAUUAAUAAUUAAUUUCUACAUACAUUUAUAUAUUUUUUAUAUUUUAUGAAGCAUAAUCCAGUGAUUUCAUUUGGAUCCAUACAUUCCAUCCGUCCAUCCUUUUUCUAUACCCCUUUUCGUCAGUACAGGGUCAAGGGGGGAGCUGGUGCCUAUUUCCAGUGGUUUACGGGUGAGAGGUGGGGUACACCCCGGACAGGUUGCCAGUUCAUUGCAGAUCCAAACAUUCAUCCAUCCACUCUCCAGGUCAUUCUUGGAGAUCCCAAAGAGUUCCCAAGCUAGAAGGGAUAUGCAGUCCCUAGACUGAGUUCUGGGUCUUUCCCAGGCCUCUGCCCAGUUGAACAUCCCCCUGGAAAACGCCAAAAGAAGGAUGCUCUGGAGGCAUCCUGAUCAAACCAUCUCAAAUGACUCCUUUUAUUUCGGAGGAGCGGCGGCUCUACUUAGACCAUCCCCAGGAUGAUGGAGCACCUUACUCUACCUCUUAAGAUUGAGUCGGAACUGACUGGCCAUAAAGGUUAGGGUCUAUUUGAUGAGCCACAGUGACACUUUGACUUAUUUCAUGGUGCACUGCAAAACAGGAACCAUUCAAUUACCAAACAAAAAUAUGAAAAAAACAAUCAAUAACCUGAAUAAAAACUGAGUUUCAUGUGUAUUUUUCUCAACACAUUUAGUACAUUUAGAUAAAUAUUGCUAAAUUUAUUGAUUCGGUUUUCAAUUAAUUUUCAGUUAAUUUUAUUUUUAUCUUUAAUUUGCAAGAUAUGUAAACCCAGAAGGUCCUUGGUUAUCCCAGAUGGGGCCUUUCCACAUAGACUUUGAAUUUCUCCCUGUGCAUGGGCCCAAAACAUGCAUAUUAGGUUCAAUGGCUGCUCUUAGAUGUGGGUGCAUGGUUGUGUCUUGAUGAGGAAUGUAGGCGCCAGCCACCUUGUGAGUAUACAAGGACUGAGCAAAAAUAGAAAAUGAAUGAAUUUAUUGGACUGUGGCACUUUUGAACAUAAGAAAGUCAGUGCAAUUUUCAUUGAAAGUCUGCAAAAUGCUUUUGAAAAAAUUGUUAAAAGUUGAUAGUUGUGAACUUCUGUUUUUAAAUGAGAAACCUUAGCAGUUAACAUAUUGUGCAUUCUUUCUUAAAUCUACACAAAAAUAUUUAGGUGUCUUAUCAGGUGGGCUUUUUGGUGCCUUUUAAAAUAAAGAUUAGUUUCUUCCUGAGGUCAAACACUGCUUUGCAAGGAUCAAACUCGGUGUUGGUACAAUUCUUACAUUAUGACAGAAUCUAAAUAACUAAUGAAUUUUUAAAGCUGAACUAAGCUGCACAUUGCUCUAAAAAAGUAGUAUUGAUCCUCUUGUGUAAUUGCUUGCCAGAGAGCCCAAAAUGUUGAAUCAUUCUUUUAAUACCAUCACAUUAUUGUAUAACUAUGUUUAUGACUUUCUAUUCGAGUGCACUUGUUUCUUCCUGAUAGUGCAUGGUAAUAUAUGGUGCACAGAUACUUUAAGAACAAACUACUGCCUUUUUCUGCAAAAAAGAAUGUGUCCAAGUGUCUUUAUUAGCCUCCAAACAUGCAUGUCAGCACUUUCCAUCAGUUCUUUAGCCGUUGUGAAGCAUGCCAACCACCUGAAGGGAUCUACAAUUGUUUCCAAGAUGCAGUCUACAGACGGAUGCAGAAGGAGUUUAACAGAGUAGAUCUAAUGAGAGCACAGGGGAGAUAGGAGGAGGCAUUCCAUGCAAUGGAUCGGCUCCCCCUUCCACCUCAGCCAAUAAGGUCACACCAGGUGUAUGGGCAGAGGGCAGUGAGGUGUGGUAUUGGCUCCCUGAUCGCUUUGCAGCUGUGAAUGGGUCAAGCCACAGCUAAACUUCAAUUAUGGGUCAAAUGCUGCAAAUAUUUGUGAUACAUGGGUUAUUAGGUAAUCACAAUAAAAAAUAGCACAUUCAAAAAAUGAAUGUUUAUAGUAAAUAAAUUGUCCAGUAUAAUGUUUUAAUUUUAUUGUACUUUUAUUUUGAAUAAGUUGGAAAUGUGCAAAUAAAUACCAGUGUACAUUCAGUUUUGUGGGAUUUAUAUCAAUAAAUACCUUUUCUUUCUAAAAAUGA